AGUAAAUAAGAGACGACUGGUGGUUAUUCCCGGUGUAUCAACUUUCGUUUUAGUUUCAGCGAAUAGUGAAAGAAUUAUAUAUAGACACCUCAGACAAUAUCAUGUCAGACUCCGAUAGUGAAGGUGUGCCGGACUUGGUCGAGUCAUCAGAUGAGGACAUCACAAAAACAAGUCUACCCACUAAACCUGCAAGUGAGUAUUUAGAGAUCUGGAUGAAGAAAAGUGACCGUUUUCUGGACCGACAGGACAGCCAAGUUCACGUCCUAUCUCUGGGACCUUUCCUGCUGGGUCUUAAUAACUUUGUCCAAAAGCCAUGGAUUCAGGCACUUAAGGAUGUUAAACUCCUAGAAGGAAAUAGAGAAAGUGAGAUAUCGGCAUUGUCUUGGACAGAAUGGGAAUCUGUAGAUUUGGUGGAACAGGUUUUCUUAGUGAUGCAAAGAAAACUGAGGAAACAGUCUUACUUAAUCUCAUGCCUUGAUCUGGUGGACAAAGUAGAGGGAAGUAUGAAGGAAAAAAUCCAUCUGGAGGGUUGUAUUAAACUGGCAGAAGAUGUGGAAAACAUCAUGAAAAUGUGGAAUAAAAUGAACAAGUCCUCCUUGUGUAAAAAGAAUGAGAAGCAAACCAAAUUUGCAAUCAUUUAUGUAGCGAAAGUUUAUCAUAUUUUGAUCCUGGGAGUCGGUAGAGAUUCUAAGGACAUGGGAGAGGAGUUCCGAAGGAAUCAACGAAAGAGUCAUUCAGUUGAUCCAUCUAAAUACAAGGACACUGGGAAUGAACAGUAUCAGCGUGGUAAAUUUGAAACAGCAGCUGACUACUACACCAAGGCAGCCAAGGCAGACCCAUUUAACCACAUUUACUUUGGAAAUCGGGCGCAGACUUACACAAAGUUGAAAAGACAUGAGGAUGCAUUGGCUGAUGGACGCAGGGCUGUCACACUGAAACCAGACUACUGCAAAGGACAUUAUAGAUAUGCUCAAGCCUUUGCUGAUCUGGAUAAACUGGAUUAUGCCUUAGCUGUAAACAAGAAAGGCUACAUUCUGUGUAAGAAGUCACGCAACAAGAAUAUCAGUGAAACCAAUCUAAAUGAAUUAGAACAACAAGGGAAGCGACUUCAUAUGGAGAGAGAAUUAAAGAUAAGAGAGGAGCGGGUUCGAAUGGUUUUGGAGGAUAAGGAAUUUGCUGAUAAUUAUAUUGAUGAAGAAUUGCCUGCAGAGCUGAGAAAUCUUCCUGGAAGGAAACGAGUGAUAAAGCUGAGUGAUGCCAUUAAGGUCCUCAAUCAAAGCACUAAAUCCAGCAUAGAAAUCCCUGAUGUUCCCACCAGUGAUUCUUCAGCAGAUGAAGAGGAACCUGUCAAGAAAGAACCUGUCAAGAAAUUGCCAGAAAAGAAGGAAAAGAAUAAAGUUCAACCAGAGCGUGUAGCUACAAUUGAGCCAGACCUAACUAAGGAGCUUAAGAGUUUUACUGAUGAGUUUGAACAGAAGAAGAGAGAUCUGUGUAUGAGUAUAGAGGUCCUAGAGAAGGAGCAAGAGUUGAGGAACCUAGAAAAAGAACAAGAAAUGAGAAGUCUAGUGGACGAGUUUCAGAAAGGAAUCGAGGACAGGAAAGCUAACCUGGCAAGAAUUGGCUUCAUGGUAGAUGACAAUGAGGCAGGUGAUGAUGCUGAUGAUGAUGAUGAUGAAGACGGGGAAGGAAAUAGUAAUAACAAUGCACAGACUAAGAAAGAGAAGAAAAGAAAAGGGGAUAAAAAGAGACAAGAAGAGAGUCCCAAUCCAGUUUUAAAGCAACAUAAGAGAGAGAAAGGUCCAGAAGAGAACAAAGAAUCUACAGAACUGAAGAAAUACCUAGGAGAUGGAUAUGAGAAGUACUCCAAGGGCGACAAACAAAAUGCAGUAACUGAAUAUGGCAAAGCUCUUAAAAUGAUUAACAAGCACACUCUCAAGCAAUUGCUUAUUGAGAAAGUGAAUGUGGUGGCCACUAAAUACGCCUAUGGAAUCUCUGCAGUAUCAACAGGAAUCUAUAAGAUGAUCAUGGAAGGUAUUGAGAAGUUUAACGACAUUCGAUCAAAGCAUUCUGAUGUUAGAUUUCCUCUGGCAUAUUACGGACUAGGGAAGGCAUAUACAUUUCUCAACAGGUAUGGACAAGCAAUAGAUUUUAUUAAACAUGGCCUUCACAUGGUAAACAAUGUGAAGUGCAUCACCUUCUAUUGGCCAGGAACAACCAUAGUCAUUGAGGAAAGUGUGCCUGAUAAACUGCUUGCAUUGCUGACAGAUUUAUUACAUUUGGCCCUGAAUCCCCCUCCACCCGAUGCUACAUGUCGAAUACACUGUGACAGUGAUGAUGAUAGAAUUGUUAUCUACCAGUCAGACCAUGAUUAUAAAGGAUUUGUCAGAGUUAUCUGUCAAGCCAAAUGUAAAAUAGAAUUCCAUUAUAACUGUUGGAGAGUCUACAAAUCCAAACAGGGAGAAAAAAUUGGGGAUAAGGAUAUGUUGGAAAAACCAUGUCCUACCCCUAACUGUGGUACAGUCAUCGUAAAAAUAUCAAUAUUCAGACCAGAUACUAAUGAGAAAAUUUUUGAAUCAGAGAAAGCAGAAACAAAUAAAAAGCAGGAGAAGAAGAAAAAGCCAGUAUUGAAGAUGCCUCCAUCGAGUCAAGAUAAAAUUCAGAAAAAGAUGGAGAAAAAGGAACAGAAAAUGAAAAAGAAGAUGGAGAAUAAAGAAGAGAAAUCUGAUCUUGUGGAAGACGUGGAACAGAUGCUUCAGGAUAAACCUGAGAGUCAAAGGCCUGGGGUGGCAACAGGGGGAGAGGCAGGGAAAGGGGAAGUUAAACUCCCUGAUCACACAAAGCCAGUUUCUGUUCUUCGCAAAGAUGACGAGGAUGUGAAACUCAGCAAGUACAAGGGAACUAAAAAACAGAAGAACAAGAAAAAGAAAGAGAAGGCUGUAAAACAGACCAUCCCUGUGGAAGUGAACUUUACAGAUGAAAAGGAGAAGACUUUGCUGAAUGAGCACUCCAUUCCAGACUCUCCAACUAAAGACUUUUCCGUACCAACAAACAUUCAUGAGAAGGUUCAGGCUUUUGAAAGCUCAUACGAAUCCAAAAUAGGGAAGACUUUGUAUGAUGAAAUUACAGAAAAUCUUUUCUCAUUUUUUGAGGAUCUUCUUAAAGCACAUGGACCACUUCAUAUAGAGGAUGGUAAGCUUACCUCCAUGAUUGAAGAUUUCCCAAAGGAUGCUAAGGAAAAAAUAGAACAAGUGGGAGGACUUAGCAAUUUUCUUAAACAGUCACUGAAAUUUGCAAUGAUAGAUGACAUUGUGUGUUUGUUAAAGGAUUCAGUGAAAGCUAGGGAAAUAUCACUGGCUCGUGGCCAGGCUAGACAGACGUUAAUCAUGAGUAACUCAAAUAAUGUGUGGAAAACAGUAGGAAAACAUUCAAACUCUGCUAGAAGUGAUAAUCAAAGUGAUAUAUUUUCUCCUUCAACUUCUUUCAAUUCAUCUGCAAGUUGUGUGACAAGUGAAGAAAAAAUCAAAACAUUCCCCAGUCCCUACCCUGUGAUUGCAUCAGGUGUGGAUUCAUUGGACGACUUUGGUAGUGUAAUAAAAAAAGGAUCCAUCGCAAGUUUGGACGAUGAUUUUGACUUGGGGCCAACAAGAUCAGGCUCCAAAAUGGACAGCAUUGAUGACAUUCAUUUGAUAUCACCAACAAAAAAGAAGAAAAAUAAGAACAAGAUAAGUCCGAAGGAUCUAGAUGCUAUAGAUUCUCUGUCUUCAUCCUCUGAUAGUGACAGUGAUUCAGCAAGUGAUGAUGAGACAGAGAGCCUGAAUUCAGAUUUUUCUAGCACAAGAUCAGGCAGAGCCUCCUCCAGUGUCAAGCUUCAGACUGAAAAUGGAAGAGUAGGUGACUUAAAACAAAACCUGGAUGUAUCCAGUCGGAGUAGUUCCAAGUCGGAUCUGAGUGAAAGAUCCGGAAGUGAUUUGUCGUAUGAUCUUAUGGCAAAGGCCUAUAGGAGUUCUCCUGUGGCAUCCACAUUUGUGAAGGACAAAUCUUUUUUCAUGUCUAGUUCCCCUACAGUGUCUGAGAAUGGACGUGCUUCAGAUAAAACUUGGCAAGGACUUGCAGUGCCACAGCCUCUAAAAAUCCCUUCUCAGUUCUCUCAGAUGCCCCCUGUUAUGUCACUUCAGUCAGAGGCUAGUAUUGCUGCAGAAAAGGAAAUCAAUAGAAUAGACACUGAGAUGGUUAAGGAGAUUGCAGAUGAUGUGGUUGAAAGACUCUUCUUGGGGAAGAAUGUUUCCCCUGCAGAACGUCAAGAGACAUAUAACCGUGUUACACAAGAUAUAUGGAAAGACUUCAAGAAAAAGCAAAGUUCAGUUUCUUCAGUUUGGCCAUUAGACAACAAGUCUCUGUACUCACAAAUGUCUAUGAGCUCUUUGGAUAAAAGACAGAAGAAAAAUUAUGCUGAACAUUUCAUGAAAAGUCAUUAUCAGAAAAAUUUGACGGACCCUUUGCAACAAACACCAAGCUGUCAUCCACCCUCAACUUCCACUUUCCCUUAUUCUAGCAAACCUCCUAUAUCCACAGUUGACAACAGUUUUCCAGCUUUACACACAAUGGAGAGAAUUCCCCCUCCCCUUUCUUUACCCAUUUCUUUGUCAACGGUCAACAGUUACAAUUCAAACGCACCACUUUCUACAGUGAACCCAAGUAUCUGGUCAAGUACUUCAGAGACUAGUGUCAGUGAGGGUAUUUCUUGUAUUCCAAAUGUUUCAAAUUUUUCUACUCCCCCACCCCCUUUAAAUCUUCCGUCUUUUGCAUCCGGACCAUUUAGUAGUAUAUCUAUAGGGACGUCAGUGACUGAAUCAUCUGUUUCGUCUACUCUGUCCACUGUUUUUGGGAGUCAUGCUGAUAAAGGCAGUCAAAUCUGUGUGGAAAAACGAGACAGUGAGAUGAACACUGAUCCGUAUGAGCCAUACAGGAUAGAAUAUUUACGUAGUCAAGAGGAUUGUGAACAAAUGAAGAACAAUAUGGCCAGAUUGCAGUCUCAAGUCCAGGAACGAGAUGCGAUGCUAAGGGAAUGGACCAUUAAAGCACAGUCCUUGGAAACAGACUUCAAAGGGAGAUCACUACAACUGGAGAUGGAGAAAAGAAAAUUAGAAGAUAAAGUUAGGAUAUACGAACAAGAAAUUUCCCAUCUUAAAACGGAGCUUACCAACCAGUCCUCUGUUAUUCUAGACUUACGGGAGAAGAAAAAUCAAACAGACCAGAGAUAUCUUGAUCUUCAAAAACAACAACAUGAUGAGAGAUAUCGAACAUCACAACUAGAUCUAGAGAAAUUGGAGGCUGUAAGAAACAGAGAGGAACUACGAAAGCUCAGAGAAGAAGAAAGUGAACGGGCAAUCAGAGCAGAGGUUGAAUUGCUGCAAGUCAAGAAAAAUUUUACAUUACAAAUGCUGGAGAGAUCAAAAAUGGAAUACAUGGUGUAUAAGAAUAAAGUCUCUGUGAUUGUCAAAAGGCGGGAGGAUGAGGGUAGGACUUUACCUAUAGGCCUUAAGCAACACCUAGAUCAGUACGAAGGAAUUAUACAGAAAUGUGAGGAAACCAUUAGUAGGCUGAAGAUUGACUUUGAUGAGCAUAUACGUCAGAUCCAAGGAGGGAAGCGGAUGAGUGAGCUGCCCCAGAUUUUCAUUCCUCCUCCUCCCCCGCCACCACAGAUGCCCAAUUUGGACUUGCUAACAGGACAGACUAUGACAAGCACUGCCAGUGCUCCUUCAUUACUAGCCUUAGCCAGUGGUUCUCUUUCUGGUGGUUCCAUGCCAAAAUCAUCACCAUCCCCACCUCUGAGUUCCUCCCAGUCAUCAGCCUCCAAUAUUCUACCUCCCUCUAUCCCCAGCGUACAGGCAGUUCCGCAGCCCAAGCCUCUUGGAUUACCCACAGGUGUUGCAGGAUUGUCUCAGCGCCCCCUUGUUACCCCACCUAUCAGCUCUAUGGUACCUUCCAUGUCACAGGGGGCAGGGCCCCAAACACAGCACAAGACCAGUAAUUUUGACAAACUGAUCAUAAAACUGCAGAUGGCUUUUCCUAAAUACAACAGAGCUGUUUUCACACAGCUGAUACAGGAGCUGCGGACAAACAGAGGGGGGUCUCUCUCUGGUAUGACUCUGGACGAGAUUGUGUCCCAGAUAACGGACCUUAUACAUCACCACGAGAGACAGCAGGGCAAGAAGCCUUCUGUAGUAGCCACGCAACAGGAUACAGUAUCUCAAGGAUAUCCUGAUGACCGUAAUAGAUCCCCUGCACCUCCUGGCCUCCCAGCCUCGUGGGGACUCCCUGUGACUGACCUGUCAAGUCUGGGGAUCACCAGUGAAGUAUUUGAGGAGGAGGAGGACCCUUGUGUGAUCUGCCAUGAGGAGAUGACCAUCGACACAACAGUCAUGCUGGAGUGUAAACACAGAUUUCAUGAUGAGUGUAUCAGGAAAUGGCUGAGAGAACAGAGCACCUGUCCUAACUGUCGACCAAAGGUCAUCCUAAAAUCCAUAUCUGGAGAGUUUCGUUCAGGGGAAUUAACUGCCAUUAUGGGACCAUCAGGAGCAGGCAAAUCUUCUCUAAUGAAUAUAUUAGCAGGAUAUAGAACUCUAAAUGUGACUGGAAAGAUCCAUGUGAAGGGUAAAGACAGAGAUUUACGGACGUUUCGCAAGAUGUCUUGCUACAUUAUGCAAGACGAUCAUCUCCUCCCUCAUCUAACUGUGGAGGAGUCCAUGAUGUGCUCAGCAAAUCUAAAACUCACUGAAAAAAUGUCCACAAAAGAAAAAGAAGAAAGGGUGGAUGAGAUCUUAGAAACUCUGGGACUGUUGGAAACCAAGAAGACUAGAACUAGUAAUUUAUCUGGGGGCCAGAGGAAGCGACUAUCCAUUGCUCUGGAGCUGGUGAACAACCCUCCCCUUAUGUUCUUUGAUGAGCCCACAAGUGGGUUGGACAGUGCCUCUUGUUUCCAGUGUGUCUCCCUCCUGAAGUCUCUAGCUGCGGGGGGACGGACCAUCAUCUGUACAAUUCACCAACCCAGUGCAAAACUCUUUGAAAUGUUUGACCAUCUGUACAUGCUUGCUGAAGGUAACUGCAUAUACAGAGGAACCAUUAAGGACCUUAUCCCAUACUUUUCCUCACAGUCUCUGAUGUGUCCCCAGUAUCAUAACCCAGCUGAUUAUGCUAUGGAGGUAGCCUCUGGAGAAUAUGGUGAAGAAAAAGUCAUCAAGUUGAUUUCCUCUAUACACAAUGGAAAAUGUGAGGAGAUUGCUCAGAGGAAUGCUAAGCUUGGGGAGGGAAGCAGGACCCCCUCUCCACCAGCUACACCUAAUAACUACUCUCAGGGAAAUGGGGUCAUUCCCACCACACCUCAGGAAUCAGAAAAACAGAGUCUGCUAGGGGAGGAGUGUGAAAGAUUUACCAAUGGAAAAGUUUUACAAUCCAAUGGUUCCCUAAAGUCUAAAAAGGACCAGGAUGUCCAGGAUCAGGAGUGUCACACAUUUGCCACCAGCUGUUUUACACAGUUCAGGAUCCUGUUUGUCAGAACUCUGCUGUCCAUACUCAGGGACACGACUUUGACCCGGCUACGUUUGAUUUCUCACCUUACUGUGGGGAUCCUGAUUGGCUUGCUGUACCUAGGGAUCGGGAAUGAAGCCAGUAAAUGGCUGAACAAUGCCAGCUUCUUAUUCUUCUGCAUGCUUUUCCUAAUGUUCACCGCUCUCAUGCCCACAGUCAUGACUUUUCCAAUAGAAAUGGCUGUGUUUGUGAGGGAACACUUGAACUACUGGUACAGUGUAAAGGCUUACUACUUGGCAAAGACCAUGGCAGACAUGCCAUUCCAGAUAAUUUUCCCACUGGUGUAUGGCAGUAUAGUGUACUGGAUGACAUCACAGCCGAAUGAUUUCUCGAGGUUUGUGAUGUUCCUUACCCUGGCAACACAGACUUCACUGGUGGCUCAGUCCUUGGGGCUCCUCAUCGGGGCAGCAACAUCACUACAGGUGUCUGUGUUUCUGGGACCAGUGACGGCUAUUCCUAUCCUGCUAUUCAGUGGCUUCUUUGUCAAUUUUGACACAAUACCUGUGUAUCUACAGUGGCUUUCUUAUAUAUCUUAUGUCAGGUACUCAUUUGAGGGAGUUCUACAAGCUAUAUAUGGUUUUGGCAGAGACACCUUAGAAUGUGAUAAACAGCCAUGUUACUUCAGUAAACCAGAGGAAAUUCUGGAACAAAUGGAUGUACAAAAUGCCAAAUUCUACAUCGACUUCAUUGUCCUGUGUGCAUUCUUUAUUAUUCUCAGAGUUGGUUGUUAUUUUGUCCUGAGAUGGAGAGUCAAAGCAGAGCGAUGAUUAUUUAAAAAUAUUUUCAGA